AUGCCGACGCUCAAUCAGUCGAGCACGCCAGCUAUCGAGUUCGGCUCGCGAUAUCUUGUUCAUUUUGCGUACUUUAUUGCAAGAGAUGCGUUUGAUCACGAAGCAUUCGCGAUAAUCAGGCGUGAGGCACAAUUGAUGGACCCGCAGCAGCGUGUGCUCCUGGAGAAUGCAUUCGCUGCAGUGCGGACGCCGACACGUGAGGCGUCAACGCACCAAUCAACAGCCGUGGCAGUGGGUGCUUGGACAUCACAAUACGCCGACUUGUGCCGAGUCUACAUGCCGGCACCAGGACCAUACUCAGGCGUCGCUUCUGCAUUGAGCGUGCUUUGCGGUCGCGUGUCGUACACAUUCGGUCUUCGAGGGCCGUCCGUAUGCGUGGAUACGGCGUGUUCGUCAUCGCUCGUCGCUGCACACACUGCGAGCGCGUACUUGCGUGGUCGAGAGUGCGAUGAUGCCCUCGUCGCUGGCGUGAGCGUGAAUGUGGGUGUGGGGACUCUCCUGCUGGCCGCGGCGGCCAGCAUGCUCUCGUACGACGGUCGAUGCAAGACUCUAGAUGCGAGUGCAGACGGAUACGCCAAGGGUGAGUGUUGCGUAGUCCUUCGCGUGACAUCGAAUACGUCUCUUGACGUGGACGCUCUCGCGCGCGAUGCGAACGAUCCAUCACCCACCCAUAUCGCCCUGGCGCAACUCGAGCACACGGGCGUGAACCAAGACGGCCGAUCGAGCUCGCUCACCGCUCCAAACGGGCCGUCACAGCAAGCACUCAUGGCCGACGUGCUUGUUCGCGCUGGUCUGCACGCGCGCACGAUCGGCCGGCUGGAAAUGCACGGCACUGGUACGUCG